UCUAUCUUCUUCAACAGAACAUUGGGAGUUCUCUCUCUCUCUCUCUCUCUCUUCUGUGUCUGUCUCAGUAUCGACCUCAACCGAAAAAAUAAAGGGACUGUGGAAGAAGAAAAGGGAGAGAAAAAAAAUGUAUUUUGCACCUUCGGUUCCACGCCUCCAUUCUCCAUUUAUCUCUUGCCCACACAAGUUCUCUGCUUCUCCCUAUACCAAAUCCAACAUAAAUCAACGCUCACCCACUUCGUAUCCAUCUAUAAGAGCUGUGGAUCUCGAUCAAAACACGAUUGUGGCGAUCUCAGUUGGGGUUGCGAGCGUCGCUAUUGGGAUAGGAAUACCAGUCUUUUAUGAAACUCAAAUCGAUAACGCUGCAAAGCGAGAGAACACGCAACCUUGCUUCCCCUGUGAUGGAACCGGUGCCCAGAGAUGCAGAUUUUGUAUGGGAGCAGGGUCUGUGAGUGUAGAGCUUGGAGGAGAUGAGAAGGAAGUCUCACGCUGCAUCAACUGUGAUGGUGUAGGCUCCUUGACUUGCACCACCUGUCAAGGCUCUGGAAUUCAACCUCGUUACCUUGAUCGCAGAGAGUUCAAAGAUGAUGACUAGAGAUUUUGUAGCACCAGAUAGUAGCUGCUGGAAUAUUAAAGUCACAAUUAACAAGACCGGCCUGAGAAUGAGCACAUUUUGUUUUAACCAUUCAUGUCCCAUAAAUUAAAUUGAUUCUAUAUUAUAUUAAUGAAAAUCUUCUUCCAUUACAA